GUGACCAAUCGAGGAAAAAACAUCCCGCCAGUAAGGAUGAAUUUGUGAAGACGACAAAAAAGACGGAUUUAUGAUAGUCUCACUUUUCCAAGCAUCAAUUUAUGCAUUCAAACCAGAAACCUCACCUACACUAACUGCAAACUCAGGAGGAUCCAUGUCUUUUCUUCGCUGGGUAUCUGAGAAAUUGAGCGUGGAGAGUCUACGGGAUUUGGAGUUAUUUCGAGAGCAAGCUCAGGGAGUCUCUCCCAGGAAAGCCCAUGAGGACAGUCGGGACAGUUUGACGCCUCGCCCCCAUCGAGACGCCAUGGGCAGCUUCCUUCCUGACAGCAACUUAUACCAGCUGCUUGCUGUUCUUGGGAAGGGAUUAGAUAAUCUGAUGACCGUAAAUCUCGCCCGAUAUAAAGCCACAGGGGAGCAUGUUGCCAUUCGACGAAUCGACCUUGAGUCGUGCACUAAUGACAUGGUUACCUACCUGCAGAGUGAACUCCACGUGUCAAAGUUGUUUCAUCAUCCCAGUAUUCUGCCCUACAAGAGCGUCUUCAUAGCUGAGAAUGAGCUGUGGGUCAUCACUCCCUUCAUGGCUUAUGGGUCGGCAAGAGAUCUCAUCUGUUCAAACUUUGUUGAUGGUAUGAGCGAGCUGACCAUCGCCUACAUUCUGCACGGCAUGCUAAAAGCGCUGGAGUACAUCCACCACAUGGGAUACGUGCACAGGAGCGUGAAGGCCAGUCACGUUUUGAUCUCUGCUGACGGACAGGUCUGCAUGUCGGGCCUGAGGAGCAUUUUCAGUUUGAUCCGUCACGGACAAAGAGCAAAAGUGGUCCACGACUUCCCCCAGUUCAGCAUCAAAGUGCUUCCAUGGCUCAGCCCAGAGGUUCUGCAACAGAAUCUGCAGGGCUAUGACUCUCGAUCAGACAUCUACAGCCUCGGUAUCACAGCCUGCGAGUUGGCCAAUGGACAUGUGCCUUUUAAAGACAUGCCAGCCACUCAGAUGUUACUGGAAAAACUCAACGGAACAGUUCCAUGUUUACUGGACACGACCACCAUUCCCCCGGAGGAGCUGUCACUCAAGCCGUCCCGCUCUGGGGCCGAUUCUGGGAUCUGUGAGGGGCCCGGAGCAGGAGGGGCCCGGCACUCCAACGGAGAACCGUCUUCCUCGUCAGGAGGUCACCCGUACAACCGGACCUUCUCCCCACAGUUCCACCACUUUGUGGAGGUCUGUCUACAGCGGGAUCCAGAGAAAAGACCCUCUGCCACCACCCUAAGCGGGCAUCCGUUUUUCAAACAGAUGAAACGGCGGCCCUCUGAAGCGCUCCCCGAGCUGCUGCAGCCCGUGUCGCCCAUCACCAGCUUCGAGGGCUCUCAGCCGCAGGACUCGCCCUCCGCUCUGGCACGCUUAGAAUCGAGUCUGAGCCACCUGGAUGUGGACGACUGGGAUUUCUGACAGGAAGACUUGGUGGGAAAGCUAGCAUAAGAUUGUAUUGAGAGACUCCAGCCAGUCAGUCAGGAUGGGAUUGGUUUUAAGUCUUGGUGAAUAUAACAAGCAUCCACCAAAAAGGAGCUGAUGUCGAAAAGCCUUCGGCCAUCUUGCCUGUCUGUUUUGUGUCACUCAUGCUUUUAAUCUCUAGAAACGUACCAUUUCCUGUACUUCACUGUUCUCUUACCCGUUUGCAGAUUGUACACUACAAGCCAAAAAAAAAAAAACUUAACAGUUGUUUUCUGUGGCUAUUCUUAGUUGUCCAGUUUGGGCUUUUGGAUCUAAAGAAACAUGAAGCUGCUACUAAAUUUUCUGAGUGAACGUCCUACCUCUUUCCACAUGACGUGGCCCAGCAGGUCAGAGACCCCCCCCAUUUUCAGUGUUUGGAUGGAGUCUCCAUGCUGAAUUGAAGCUAUAACGAACCAUGUUUGUCCCAAACUUCACCUGAACAAUAAGCGUAUUCCUUUUUGGCUCGUGAUCCUGACUCAAAUCCGCCUGCAAGCAUCUGUAUCCGGUUUGUAAAUUCAACCUUAAAAGUCUAUAUGUUUAAAUUGAAUUGAAUGUAUUCUGGGUGUAUCUUGAUUCUUGUUUAGUCUGCAUGUGGAUUUGAGGGUAAGAGUUUAAGGCUGCAUUAGGAUUCUUUCAGAAAGCUAACAACGACUGAAGCAUCCAAUAAUCAAAAACAGCUUUUAUUCAAACUUUAAACAGGAGACAAAGAUGUUCAGAUGCUAAUCCUCGUCUGAUGGAGGUUGGUCUUGCGCAGCGUAAUGUUUCUCCAGCUUGGCCAUCAACUCUGAAAUAAACGAAGAAUAAA